AUGAAUUUUGCAACGACGCUCGCUGGGGGCCCCUUCCAUGGCACCAAUGCUGAAGGCCCGCUGAAUGGCGAGGCAGCAUGCCCCGCUCUUCUAGGGGAGGCUAACAGUGCCUCUCGGAGGAGCAACGAACUGCAGGGGCAGGAAGAACUGCCUGUCUCGGCAGAAGAGGAAACAGUGCCUAUAGGCGAGGCUGUUCCGGAGGGGGAGCAUCUGCGGACUCUUCGCGUGUACAGCAAAAGCUCAUCGCCUGCACCACAAGCAGCAGCAUCCACAUCAGCCCCUUCGGAAUCGGCUUCAACUGCUGCAGCAGUCUCUGCAAUAGAGGGAGGAGAGGAAUCAGCCGGGAGCUGUCGAAGCUGCCGCGACGUCCAGGUGCUAAGGGUAUUCCGCAACCCCGACGUUAUGAUAGCCCCGAAUCUUAUCACAGAAGAGCAGUGUCUUCACUUGCUGAAACUGGCUGAUGGGAAGUGGACUCGCAGCAAAACAAGCAUCGGGACGACAUCAGCACCCCAGACGGCAUACAAGACAACUGAAAGCCGGACACGGACGUCGUACUCAGUGAUGCUUGAGGAGGCGCAGACACCUGGUGUAAUGUCUGUGGAACUGUUGGCUUGUGCCUUAGCUCAGUUGCCUCUGCAGCACCUUGAAUCUCUGGUGCUUGUGAGAUAUGCUGAAGGGGAGUACUUCUCAGAGCACCACGACGGAGGCUUUAGGCCGAAAACAGUUCUCCUAUAUCUUAACGAUGUCGAAGAUGGAGGGUACACGCACUUUACGCGCCUGGGCCUGAAGAUUGGGCCGUCCCAGGGCAGCGGGGCAUUGUGGAGCAACGUGACGCCUGGGGGGAAGAUGGAUUUUCGCACUUUGCAUGCGGGAGUGGCUCCUACCAAAGGCACAAAGUAUGUUGUUAACUGUUUCUUCAAUGAGGCGGUUGUUCGACCCACAAGGCCUCCGGUUCCUCUGUCCCUUGAGCUUCCACAGGGCAUCCAGGUCCCCGAGCUGAAGCCGGCAGGCGAAGUGUCUCCCCCACCAGGCCAAGCUAAAAAGGAUACUGCAGAACUUGACUUAGUUAGCGCACACGGACAAUCACACCAACAAGUUGAACCUGCGCAGCUACACCAGCCGCAACAGCGGCUACAGCAGCAGAGGGAAGUUGGCAAAAUUGGGGAGUCGCAACGUCUGAUUUGGGGUUUUUCUGGCAUUGGCGCACUUAGAAAGAAGCAGAUGGGAUGCCCUGCCGUUUUUCCCUCUUUCCCUCAGCAGCUGUGGCGGCAGCACGAGAUGGCACAACUAACGAUGUUGGCUGACUUCCUCCAAAGCGCAGGGCGGAGGGCGCGUUGGAGCGCUGCGAAGAAGCGCGACUUAGUCUGCCGCAGCUGGCGCGGCCGCCGUUUGCAGUUGUUUAGUCUUGCGCAGUUUCUGCAGCGGACGCUGGAGGCAGCUUGA